AUGAUCCGAUACGAGCCACCCACCGCGGAGAAACAAUACCAAGCAACCUUCAUCAUUACUUGUGGGCGGAAGAAGGAAGUGCGCAUCCCCAAUGUCACAGUGGGAUAUCUUCAAUACUACCUUGGUCGUGGAUUUGUCGAUAAAUGUCUCAUGUUUGGAGAUAAGUGCGCUUUGAACGGUCUCAACCAACCUUCUUUCCAUGUACCACUUGGAGACAGCAACUGGGACACAGCCCCUGACACAUGCCUUUUCACGGUGAACAAAAACGGUGAUAAUGUGAAAUGCCUACCAUUUGUCCAAGGCGCUAGUAAUUGUUGCCUUGGGUUUUCACUGGCAAACGCAUUGCACCAUCUGAAGUUCCAUCCAGAGGCCCAUGAUUUAUAUUCUUUUUCUCACAAUUUAAGUGAAUGGGAUGCCACUACUCAAUUGAAGCAGUUGUCCUAUUGGGUGCACCGCCCUGUGAAAGGAGUAAAGUGUUUGUCCGUCAAACACUCAAAGAAAUUUGACGGAUUGCGUGGAUUGGCUGAAUGUAUGGAGGUCCUCAAAAAGGAAGAACUUGUUGUAUUUGUACCACAAUCAAGAGAUGGGUCAAAUACACAUGCAGUAACAUGCUGUGCUGGAUUGAUAUUUGAUGCUACACAACACUACCCCUUGAAACUAUCAGAAGAGUCUCGUAGAUUCAUCGCUGGUUCUGCAGGUUUUGCAGGCAUUUGGCGUGCACGAGUCUUUUCCCUUAGUAAACAGGCUCAAAAGUAUUAA